CUCUCUUUCUUUUGUGAUCAUGAUGAAUUCGUAAACGACAAGCAGUACCAUUACCGCCCACUGCACCCGGUUAUUUACCUGUAAUUGGUCAUUUAUUACAAGUGUUGCGCCCUGUACCUGUCUAUGAACUGUUUCGUCAGUGGAGUAUGGAAGUGGGACCUGUCUUUACUUGUUAUUUUGGUACACAACGAUGGGUUGUGCUCAACAGUGUAGAAAGCAUUAAAGACUUGAUUGUCGAUCGAAGCAAGAUUUAUUCUUCAAGAAAUCUACCCGACACUCUGGUUCACGAUCUUAUGCAAGGAGAUGAAGGGGGUUCAUUUGCUUUUCUUCCUUAUGGUUCAAAUUGGCGUCGAUUACGUCGUAUUGCGCAUGGUGGACUUGUCAAGUCUAAAAUUGAUAUCUAUCAACCCAUUUUAGACGAUCGACGCACCACUUUCCUUUCUUAUCUGUACGACCUUUGUCAAACCAAAUCAAACGAUCAAGGUGUAUCGCUUGCCCAUCUGAUUGAACAUUACACCAUGACCAGUAUCCUGACGAUUGCUUAUGGCGAUAUGUGCUCUUUUGAGCCUGGAGAUCCUGUGCUCCAUAACGCCUUUACAUUAACAGAACGCGCUGCCAGUACCAUGAGUCCCGCUGACCAAAUCAGAGAAUUUUUUCCCGUCUUGAAAAAGAUAUGGCCCAUUCAACGUGGAAAAUACUUGCGGGUGCGUGACGACUUUACUUCUUUCUAUGGUACACUUCUCAAGGACUUUAAGGUCAAGUUGAGUCAAGGCGAAACGCAAGACUGUUUUGUCAAGGCUAUUCUGGAGUCUGGGGAACUGACGGAUCUUCAAAUCCAGCAUUUUGUUGGCUUGUUUGUGGGUGCUGGAUCAGACACAACCACAGCGACAUUGGAGUGGAUGAUUGCCUUUUUAGCCAACCAUCCUGAGGUGCAAGACAAAGUAUUUGAAGAAAUCAAACACAAUGUGGGGUUAGAUCGACUUCCGACUGCUUCUGAUGAAUACAAUUUGCCUUACCUUCAAUGUGUGAUUUUAGAGACAUUACGUUUACGCGCGCCUGCACCCAUUGCUAUUCCUCACUCGACUACCCAAGAAGACGUCUAUAAGAACUGGGUAAUUCCUGAAGACACGGUGGUUGUGAUGAACUUGUAUGCUAUUCAUACCAAUGCUGAACGAUACCCCAAUCCUCACAGUUUUCUUCCUGAACGCCAUAUGCCCUAUGUUGAACAACAAGACCAUCGCGUCACCCAAGGUGUGCAAGACAGACCCCACCUGAGUUUCUCGACAGGACGUCGUGUGUGUGUAGGCAUUCACUUAGCUGAACGUAGUUUGUUUAUGGCUGCUUCCAUGUUACUUUCUUGUUUCAAGUUUGAACGAGUGUCUGAGGCCUUGAUUGAUGUGAAUACCCCCCGAGAUAUUCGAGCACCUACAUGGAUUCCUUGUGAUUACCGUGUACGUUUAGUGCCUCGUCAUGAACAAGUAAAGAACUUUGUAUCUUGAAUAAAACGAUAGAAACAUGUUUUCGUCCAACACAAAGUCAAUCUAUAGAGACAGGCAAUCAAAACACAAAGAAUUCACACUCAUCCAAUGUCCCGUUUGUAGGAUGGAACUUGAUGAAAUAGAUAGGAAAAGGAGGGUUGAAAACAUUGCUAUAGUUUUCUAGAGAUCUUUAGGAAUCUUUUCAUAGGAUGCAUGGUGGGUAUCUGAUAACGAUAAGGGCAUUAUCUAAUCCAUGAGAAUGGU